UAAAAAGAGCGCAGCAAAAAAAAAAACACCACAUAACUGUCCCGCGCAGAGGGUUGGGGAGUGUUUCUCCAUUCACCCGAGGUCCGUGCACACCAACACACCUGCAGGACAGGACACUGAACAGCUUGAGCCGAAGUCACAGGAGCCAGCAGCAGUCGAAAGGAUCGCGUUGGCGUGUGCGGAUGUGUUUUUGGUGGUGUUGGCAACCCUGGCACCCGGGGGGAUACGGCCACAUAGCUCCACGUGUGCGGGUUUUCCGUUUUCCGAACCGUCGCCUUGGCACACACAGUUGGCAUUUCGCUUGAAUAAAGUGACACGUUAAUGCAGUGUGUAGUGCGUGUUUUUACAUUAAACAUUUGUACACGGAAUGUAGUACGGAUAUGUCAAACCGCUAGUGUGUCUGUCUGCAGGAGAAAAAGCCCAAUAAUGGGCAGCCAGAGCAGUGCGGAUUGUCCGUCCGUAAACGGACCCCCAAGCCCAAGAUCCUGCCCAAGAACCACUCUGCGUGCCAACCCUGCCCAACAGAGGAGCUGAGUUUGAGUGAAUGAAAGGGGAAGAAUAAGAAAAAGGGGUUACUAAAGAAGAAAAAGAAGAAGACCGAGAAGAAGCAAACGCGAACAGUGUGCGCCGCCAACGCCAACUUUGUCAAUCAGUUCGUGCGAGCGAUAGAGGGCAGUGCAAAGCAGGCGGGUUGUUUCGGUUCGGGAAAAUCGGUCACGAAAGUUUUUCGGCAUUCAAUUGAUUUUCACUACAACUAUCCUAUAUAGUAUAGCCGACGGUGUGUGUGUGUGUGAGAGAGAGAGAGAGAGAGUGCUCCACAGUGUCUGUGUCGUUUGAUGUGGGCCUCGGUGUACGGCGAGAGGGGAGCAAACAACGGAGACAGUUAGAAAGGACUACCACCACCACCACCCGUUUCACCAAGACAGCUCAUAAACAACUUUAUGAAGCGCAUGAAUUACAAACGGCUGCACUGCAUCACUACUACAGCGGAGGACGGAAUCCUAACGAAAGGACGACUCCCUACCACUGUGCUGAAGGACUUUCCACCGUUCUUGUGCCGAGUGACAACCAACCUUUUCGUCAGUCUUCAUAGUCUGUAUCCGCGUGUGUUUGUGUGUGUGUGUGUGAGACAGGGAUCUGAAGAUAUUGUCCAAGAAGUGUCCUCAAAGUGUUGACCGCAGCGCGUACGAUGCACCGUAUCAUCCCGGUGCUGACUGUGCGGAGAGCGAAACGACGCGCAAAGGGCACAUUCCGCGAGGCGGUGAGCUGUCACUCAGCACUCCGCACAAGACAGGCUGGCAAGGUUAUUGCGGAGGAAACAUCCUACAGCAACUAACAGAAAGAAAAAAAAAACGAACAGAGGCAAUAAGCAGGUCACAGCCGCAGGCAGCACAAUGAGCACCUCGAAGAUGCGGGGAAAGUCGGCCCUCCACAUCAACGACGGUAUCAUCGGCACGGGCGCACCGACGGCGGGUGUGGUGACCGGCGGGGGUCCGGGUCCACCCGCCGCCCUCCUAAAGAUCGAAUCCGUCGUGCCAAAGCUGAGCAGCCGGGUCGCGAACGGGCCCGCCUCGAGCUUGGCCCUAGCGGCGGCGGGCCACUCCACCCGCCUGCGCACCUUCCACCGGUCGCACAGUACGCUCAGCUCGUCCUACCUGCGGAAGGUGACGGCGGCGGCGGCCGCCGACUACAACCGGCAGCAGCGCAUCCAUCCGACCGGGGGCGCCACCAUCCGCCCGGAACCGAUCUGCGAGCGGGGCGGCUACGGUGGCCCAUCGCCACCACCACCACCAGCGGGAGCAGUAGCAGCGGCAUCACAAUCAACCCACGACACGACCGGGCAUCAUGCGCUGCUGGCUGGGUACGCCGAAACACCGCCCCUGGACAGUACGCUGAUCGUGCAGAAUGGCGUCCCGAGCAUUAGGCGCUCGGAGAAGGAUCGCGAGAAGCACCCGGACCGGGUCAACCUCGACCGGAAGGGGCUCAGCUCGAUCCCGCUCAUCGAGGACGAGCCGAACCUGCGGCUGCUCUCGCUGCAGCACAAUCUGAUCAACGCGUUCCACAUCCCACCGGAAGCCGACCCGAACAACAAUCUGCCGACAACCAAGGGGCAGCACCAGGGUGCAGUGGUGUCGAAUGGAGAGCUUAAGCCGGCUACGGCGCACUACUACCCCGCAGCGGUCAGCAGCAGUCCACCGACACCGACCAAACCCUCGCCCGGCGGUACGCCGACGAACGGGCCUGCCUCCUCCUCCUCUUCGUCCACCGCUUACGGGCCAGCGGCCACGAAACCCUCCGCCAAGCAGUUCCUCCGGCAGAAGUCAACCUCGCGCGGGCAGCUGCUGAUGGGCACGAAUCUGGCCUCGCUGGCCGGGCCCGGCGGAAAUGGAAACUCCGUGGCGAGCAGCUUCAUCCAGAGCAGGAUUACGAUCGGUAGCAAGCAGCCGGCGGUACCGAAUGGUGCUCCCCAGUCAACCGGCCCCAUGUCCGGGGUGUCGCCGCACCUUCAGAAACCGCCAGCGACCGCUGCCUCCACCGGCAACGGCUCAACGGGCCCGAUCGCCAUCACGGCGCAUCAGAAAAGUUUGCUCAAAAAGUCCAACAGCUUCAUCGGCGGACCGAGCAUGUUCCUUACCGGUGGGCCGGGGGCCACACAGCCCGCCACGCCAAAUGGGGCCACCACCACCACCACCACCUCCAAUGGGAUGUUGAAGAUGCGGGCCGGCAAGCUGCUGCUGGUGCCCUCCUUUAGCAUCGAUAAUCUGAGCAACAUCGCCGAGCUGCCUGCCGGCGGUGCGGGCCUUGGCGAGCAGGACUACUUUAACGGACAGUCGAGCAGCAAUGGCAGCGCGGGCAACAGUGGCAAAACAACACCCACCAGCACCGGUCCGCCGGUGGUGCCACCGGGGGCGGAAAGUGUGGUCCCGCCGGCGUUCGUCACCCGCUACAACCUGAGCAAUCUGGUGUUUCUCGACCUGUACGACAACCAGAUCGAGAAGAUCUCGUGUCUGGACGGGCUCAAAAGCCUGACCGUGCUGCUGCUCGGCAAGAACCGCAUCACCGACAUCGGGGGGCUGGUGUCACUCAAGAGCACGCUGCGCGUGCUCGACCUGCACGGCAACAAGAUCAGCAACAUCAGCGGCAAGAUCUGCCAGCUGCAGGAGCUGAAAUCGCUCAACCUCGCCGGGAACGCGCUGCGCCAAAUCCAGGCGCACGACUUUGCCGGCCUGUUCAGCCUGAAGGAGCUGAACCUGAAGCGGAACCGCAUCAAGAAGCUGUUCGGCUUCGACGAUCUGCACCAUCUCGAGCGGCUCUGGCUGUGCCACAACGAUCUGCAGUGCGUGGAGGAUAUGGCGGCGAUCGCGAAAGCGAUCAACCUGAAGGAGGUUACGAUCGAGAACAACCCGGUCUCGCUCGCCGGCGACUGCGUCUCCUUUCUCGUCAGCUACCUGCCCGGGCUGGUGUCGCUGUCGCAGAUGCAGAUCACCGAGCAGGUGCGCCGGGCCGCCUCGGCCUGGCGCCGCAACAAGGAGCUGUCGGACAGCAAGUACUCCAACCUGUCGUCCGACGUCUGCCAGAGCAUGCGGCGCGAGGAGAUCAUCUCGAACGCGCGCACCAACUGGGAGCUGCUCCGGUCGCAGCAGUCGAUGGCGAUCGCACGCGGCACCCAGCGACCCGCUGCCGCCGGCGGGAAGGAGGUUGCCAAGGAGCCGGACGGCGGUAUGCUGCUGGGCGAUGGUGCAAUACUGCCACCGGGCGAUCAAGGUGUGACGUUCGCGGUGGAAAAACCGACCAAAAAGGGAGCGAAUGGAGCGUCCUCGCAAGGGACGCGGCCGUUGCGACCCGCCAAUGGGAAGAAAAUGGCCUCCAACCGGAAGCCACUGGUGCGAUCUUCUUCGCAGGACAACUCAAGCUCGCAGGUGUCCGAGCAGGGCGGGGAAGAUUACUUCCGUUUGCCCCCGAUUUUGGCCCCGUUUUUAGAGCAAUCCGCACCGGCCGGUGGAAAAGGUGCGGGCGAAGGUGAGGCAUCCGUUACGUCCGGCGUGGGAACGCAUGCCGAUUCGAGCGUCUCCAGUGGAUUUAGCUCGGAAAACGAGGAACAGAUGAAUCUGGAGAAGGAAAUGGAGAAACAGAGCACGCUGGUGGCGAGUGGAAGUGCAAACUCUACCCCGGAAAAGGAAACUGACCGACCGGAUGGGGUGGUUGCGGCACCGGGGAGAGCGUUGGAUGUGGUGGAAGACCCUUCCAGUUCAGGUGAUCCCGUUGCGCCUCGCGAUCUACCCGUGCCGGAGGAGAAUGGAGCACCGCCAAGAGAGAAGUUGAAGUUGCCCGCUGCUUCGGACGACUGCCAACCGCCAAUCAGCAUGGCCGAUCCCUGUCCACCGCCCGAUCUGGACGCAAAUCUGGACAAGCUGUCCACACUGUCGACCGUCUCGACGAAGAGUGCCACCGAGUCGGUCAUCACCAAUGCGUCCUCCAACUCCUGCAACUCGGACUCGACCGGCUCCAACACGGACUCGGCCGGCAGUAGCUCGGCCGGUGGCAGUGGCAGUGUCGGUGCUGCCAGCGGCAGCAGCAGUACGAGCGGCCCCACUCCCUCCCUAACGGCCGAGCGGGGCCGAACGCACAAGACCAAGCUGACCACACCGAUCAAGCGGUACGGCACGGGCACGCUCGCCCGCACGCAAACGGCCCGCAAUGCAUCCACGCUUCCGUCCGGCGGCACCACCAGCCUGGCCAACUCGUCCAAUCUGGCCCACGGCAACGCGGGCACGGGUGCGCCGCCCGCAAACGCCCCCAGCGGUACGUACGCCGGCAUACCGAGCAGCAACUAUGGGCCGACGGCGGGUACGACCGGGACCGGCCGUUCCGGCAAGUCGGGCGAACGGGAGCGGGAGCAGGGCGGCGACUAUCUGAUCGAGAUCUGCGGCCGCUACCUGAACGUGUACGGGCUCGGGGCCCUCCGGUUCAUCGACAAGCAGUGGAACAUGCAGAAGGCGUGCGACGUGCACACGGUCAAGUUUAGCUACAUCAACUUCAACAGCAUCACCGCGAUCCUGUGCCGCAUCAAGGUGCGGUUCGUCAAUGCGGAAAACUUCAUCUUCCGCGAGACGAACAUCGCCUGCCUCGGGCAGAUCAAUGCACUGGCGGAAAGCCAGGGCAUCGCGUCGCUCACGAUCGACCCGGAGGGCAAUCCGCUGGCGGGUCGGCCCUGGCGCAGCUACGCCAUCUACCGCCUGUCGCACUGGGGGCUGAAGCAGGUGAACGGCGCGGAGGUGACGCCGGAGGAGGUGCAGCAGGCCGAGGCGACGUACGCCGGGCUGUCCGAUCUGGUGCUGUGGUCCCUCCCGGAAGGGCUGCUGCAGCCGCUGCUGCAGCGGCUGCGGCUGGAGGAGACGGCCCACGCCUCGAAGAUGACGGCGAAGGAGUGGCUGAUGCAGGCGGACCCGUCCCUCAAGAACAUCGUCGGCAAGGAGGCCCUGCAGUGGAAGAAGCACAGCACCGCCCAGGACGACACGGCGAUGCGGGCGAAGGGCCGGGCGUACUUUGGCCGCAUGCUGGAGAACACGUGCAAUGCGGUCGAGAAGCUGCAGCGGCUGGAAACGAUGUGGCCGGUGCUGCUGCUCGAGAUGAUCCGGAACACGCUGAUCGACUACUCGCAGAUCGACGUGUACGUCAAGGGGAUGCUGGUCGAGCUGCUCAAGUAGGGGGGAGGGGGGGAGAGGGGAGCGAAUGCGGCGUUGCACGCAAACAUGUGUUCAGCAAACGCACGCGGCCUAACCGCCACGUGGUGAUUACUGAGUUUUGCAGGGGAUCUCGUAGUGGUGGGACACUUCCUACACUUUUUCCUAUUGGAAGUGAACUGCAUAUGUUGGAAAUUCGACUCUAUGGCAACCCUUUUGGAAUUCUUAUAGCAUUUGUCCAACAAGGGUGCUAGAGAGUCCAAUUCCCAUUAAAAUACGUUCAUUUCAAGUAAGAAAGAGUCAAUGAAGGUUCCCACAGCUAUGAUAACUCCUGGAAAACCCUGUAUGAUGCAUUUCCCGUACCUUAGUUUUAUACAUCGCUAAGAAAACGUUCGAUCGCGGACGUCGGUUUCCCGUUUAACUAGUGAAAAUAGGAAAAGGUGCAAUAAUAACAUUUUAAAAAACACACACACCCACUUUCUUUGUUUAUCCUCCUAUUUUGU